UUAAGAGAACAUGAUUACUACCGGUCUCGAUUGACACUUGCCUGACUACUAACUGCUUCUGUGAUGACAUGAAGUGGUCUGAUGCAAAGUGAAUCGAAUCACAUUGAACUUGGACAGAGAAGUGGCGAAGCUGCCUACCCCCUGAUUCGAAACCCUCCCAAAACAACAGCAUGCAACCGCUUCUUAAUUACCAGGUACCUAGGCAGGAUCCAGUCUGCAACUUGUGACAGCUAUUUCUGUGCUUGGUCUCUGCUGUACUGUAAAUCUCCCAGUGUUCAGCUCUGGUCUGAGAACUGGACAUUGUUACACCGAAUCCGUCACACCUUGCCUUCAUCGACUCUGAAUAUCAUCCGAACUUUUGGGGCUCCCGAAGGUGUAGAACACCGGAUCGCCAGCAUGCGACUCCUAAACACGCGCACCCUCACGCUCGCGGAGUUUCAUGGCGGCGCGUCUACACCUCCCUACGCGAUCCUCUCGCACACCUGGGAAGACGAGGGGGAGGUCACGUUCCAGGACAUCAACGCCGUACCGCACGAAGAGCUGGUUCUGCGCAAGGGCAAGGGGUUCGGCAAGAUCCAGCAGACAUGCUCGCUGGCGUGCGCGAGGGGGAUCGAGUGGGCGUGGGUGGACACAUGCUGCAUUGACAAGACCAGCAGCAGCGAGCUGACGGAGGCCAUCAACUCCAUGUUUCGGUGGUAUCAGCGGGCACAGGCCUGUUUUGCGUACCUGGCCGAUUUGGAGCCGUCCUCGACUCGGGAGAACGGGGACUCGGAGGGACAUCAGGAUGAGGACGGUGCUGCGGCCCGGGGUGGCACGAUGGCCGACCAUGAGUCGGAAAUAACGGAGAACGACCGCGACGAGCGUGGUAGCGAUACCGGGGAUGGGGGAGUUCAUUUGUCUCUCGGCAAAGAUGACCAUCCCGCCCAGCAAGUCGCUAGGUUUGCGCACUGCCGGUGGUUUACGCGCGGCUGGACGCUCCAGGAGCUCAUCGCGCCGCGCCGCGUAGAGUUCUACAACCGCAACUGGCAGUUCGAAGGCGACAAGUCUUCCAUCAGCGUCCUUCUGUCCAACAUCACACGCAUCCGCGCUGAAGUGCUUGACGACGCUGACCAGCUGCACAUCGUCCCCGUCGCGCAGCGGAUGUCGUGGGCGGCUACGCGCGAGACAAAACGCGAAGAAGACAGGGCCUACUGCCUGCUCGGCAUCUUUGGGGUGAACAUCCCGCUGCUCUACGGCGAAGGCGAGAAGGCCUUCAUCCGGCUGCAGGAGGAGAUCAUCAAGGAGUCCAACGACCUGACCCUUUUCGCCUGGCGCCUGGAGCCGAAGCUUGCGCACGGGCAGACGUACUGGGGCAUCCUCGCCCCUUCUCCCAACGAGUUUGGUGGCUGUGGAGAUAUUGAGGCGUGGGUCGACCCGAUGCACAACGACGAGUGCGUCAUGACGAGCAAGGGCCUAAGGGUGACUCCGAACCUGAACGGCGGGCUGCGGCUCGGCGAGGACGGGAUCUAUGUCAUGAAGCUGCAGUGCCACCGACGUAACCGGACCGAGAAUCUGGGGAUAUUCCUUCAGCAGCAUGGCUGUGACGUAUACACGCGGGUAAAGCCAGACAAGCUGGCCGAGACGCCCAGUCCGGCGAACGAUAAGCACCGUGUCUUUUACGUCACCAAGACGGUGUCGACCUCGCAGUCUUUAUUGCUGAGAACGAGCAUCCGGAACGCCAUCAACUUAUCUCGGGCGCUAGAUACGCUGGCGGGCCUGGGCAUAACACCGUUCUCAACGGGGUCGAUGGAGCCCGAGGGUCACUGGGACGGGCAGCGCGGCCUGUUUCUGACGCGGGGCGUGAGGCAGUUCAGCUGCCGAGUCAGUCUGGUUGGGAAAGUCUAUGGAAGACAUCCAGGGCUUCAGGCCGAUAUGGUGUUGGCGUGCCGGUUGUCAGAAAAGUCGCUCUCGGUGAGCAUCAAUGCGGCGACGCCAGGCGACACAUACUGCGAGUCGCUGGUGCAGCCACUGACUGUGCGGGCGGUCAGGGAAACGGUGAAGGGGCAGCCUGUGUAUUUUGUGGAGGUGGAUCUUCGUGCGGACGAAACGCAACAUCUCGUCCUUCGGUCCAUGCUUCAACAGCCGAGUACUCCCCAGCCGUCGCCACCCAACCUCGCGCUGUUGGGGUUCAAGGAUUCCUCAAAGGACAAACAUGUCGUAACCACUGAGGCAAUACCAUACGACGAAUGAAAUUCAACCAGUUGGAGUCAUCUGUUAUGGGUUCGAUAGUUGCAAGAGAG